GCUCACAAAAAGGGGGCAGAGAGCUCACGGCAGUUAUUGUCCCCAGACCCUGAGGGAGAUGUCGAAGUUUGAAAUCCUGAACCUGGAGUUGAAGUCAGGGGACACCCUGAAGAUCAAGGGGAAAAUCGCCAAUGAUGCGGAUGGCUUCGUGCUCAACCUCGGCCGCUGCCCCGACGAACUGGGGCUGCACUUCAACCCACGCUUCUCCGAGGCAGCCAUCGUCUGCAACUCCCGCUCCCAGGGCCGCUGGGAAGAUGAGAAGCGGGACACUCACCUGGUCUUCUCUCCGGGGUCAGAGGUCAAGCUGACUGUGGAAUUCCAGGGAGAUGAGUUCCGGGUGAAGCUGCCAGAUGGACACGAGGUUACCUUCCCCAACAGGAACAACCAUGACCAAAUCACCUACCUCUGCAUCCACGGUGGCCUUAGGGUCACAUCUUUCAAAUCCAACUGAGGCUGGACCUGACCCACUCCUUGGUGCAAUAAAGAGGUUCCCCCGUCAGGCCAA